AUGAGAGGAUCGCAUCAUGUGCUUGGUCUUUUGAUGACGGUUUGGGAUGGGUGGAAGAGAGUCCUUGGUAAAGAGUUGUCGGAAGAUGGGGGAUUUUAUCAGAGCUUUGAGACGAGCGCUUUCGAUGGAAAGAAAUUGAGCAUCCUGAAGCCUGUCGUCAGUCUGAGCGACGAGGAGGUGACGCCGCGAUGGAAGACGCCCAGUGUUCCAUAUGCUUAUGAGAAUGCUGAGGGCGUCAAGUUCCAGUAA